GUUUUCAGGAUGUGACGUUCAGCGUGCCGUGGAGAAGGAGACGCCAGACUCCGUUAACUUUUCCACUAAAUUUACCACCGCGCUGCAGGUCCUCGAACGUCACACACGGUCCAGCUGGAGGAAAUAAAACCUUUAAAAAGUGUCUGUGUUGUACUUCGCUAAGAGCGUGGAGCUGACUGGAGUCAAGGAGGAGAUCGUUGCCGUGCCGACACCCAUCAGCAGCUGGGACCUUUGGAGGCUGUUGCUACAGAGACACCCGAGAUGGCCGAGUCAGAGGAGCCGAGAAAUGUCUUCAAGCUGAGCCGUGAUUGGCUGUCUGUACAGGAGGUGGUCGACACCGUCAGCAGCUCUUCCUGUGGAGCUAUUUCACUUUUCAUAGGUACGACCCGUGAGGACGAGGAGGGCGGCAGGAAGGUGAUUGGUCUGGAGUACGAGGCGUAUGAGCUGAUGGCCCAAUCAGAGUUCAGGAAGCUAUGUGCUGACAUCAGAGAGCGCUGGCCAACCGUGACGCACAUCUGUGUUCACCACCGGCUGGGGUGGGUGGCGGUGGGCGAGGCCAGUGUGGUCAUGGCGAUCUCGUCUCCUCAUCGCCAUGACGGCCAGCAGGCGAUCCAGCAUGGCGUCACCCAGCUGAAGGCUAGCGUCCCCAUCUGGAAGAAGGAAGUGUACGACACACAGGAGGCCAGCUGGAAGGAGAACGCCGAGUGUUCGUGGUCAGCUCACAGGAAACGCCACGCCGCCAUGUCAUCCCCCAAGAACGUCUGAUUAUUAAUAAAGACUCAAGUCAUUCAGCA